ACUCAUAGCAUAGCCGAAACUGAUUCGGGGGCCAAGAGGGCUCAUGCCCAUCCUGACAUGGUCGCCGAAGUUUGGGUGGCGUCGGGGCUCACGUCAAUUAAGCGCAGCGCGGCUAGUUUCUAGCGCGACAAAGCAUGCGCGUGAUAGAGCUGGGGUCCCCGAGCGCCACGGCGUCGUCGUCUGCAUCGACCACGGCGCGAACGGGCACGCGAAGGACGGCCAUCCGGAGUGCCCCGCCAGGCUGGAAGCAGUCGUGGGCGCGCUGAGGGUGCUGACAGGUCCGCCUGCUGGCGGGCUCAAUCCGCGCGCGCCUGGUGCUGGCAAACAACAUCGACAUGGACCUCCUGGUAACCCGCCGCUGGAGCCGGCCGUUGAGUGGCGGCGCCACAGCGCCAGCAGCAGCAGCAGCGGCCGGCUGGCGACCGAUGAGGAGCUGGGGCGGGUCCACCCCCCAGCCUACCUGGCAGCAGUACGCUCCGCAUGCUCCAAGCUCACGGAGGCAAAACUCAUUGAUGACUCAACGUAUCUGUCUCCGGGAUCCUUCGAGGAAUGUGCGCGGAGCACGGGCGCCCUACUGGACCUCCUCGACCAGCUGCUGGUCAGCCCCUCGCCGGAGCCGCCGGGCAGUGGCGGCCGCACCAGCAGCACCACCAGCACCAGCAGUAGUGGUCUUGGGGGUCGCGGAAGCAACAGCGGCGGCAGCGGCCCCUGCCGUCCUCCGCCGGCCGCGGGGUUCGCGCUGGUGCGGCCGCCGGGUCACCACGUGCUGCCCAGCCGACCCAUGGGCUUCGGCGUGUUCAACACCAUUGCAGUGGCGGCCCGGUAUGCGCGGGAGAGGCACGGAGUCGAGAGGGUGCUGAUUGUGGACUUUGACGUCCACCAUGGCAAUGGCACACAAGAGGUCUUCUACGACGACCCCAACACCCUCUACAUCAGCACACACCAGGCGGGCUUGUGGCCCUACACCGGCAAGGCCAAGGAGGUGGGCGCGGGCGCGGGGCGGGGCGCCACCAUCAACAUCCCACUACCGGGCGGCUCGGGCGACCAAGCCAUGGCGAGGGCUUGGUCGCGUGUGGUGCUUCCUGCCGCUGAGCGCUUCCGGCCGCAGCUGGUGCUGGUGUCAGCCGGCUACGACGCGCACUGGCGUGACCCCCUGGCGGCCAUGCAGCUCACCGCCGGCACGUACCACUGGAUGUGUGCGGAGCUGGCUGAGCUCUCCAAGCGGUGGUGCCCCGGCAGGCUGGCUCUGGUGCUAGAAGGCGGCUACCACGCCCCCAGCCUUGCCGAGUCCGUGGCCGCGUCGCUAUGCGGCCUGCUGCUGCUGCCGCCGCCUGGGCCACUACCAGCGGAGCAGCAGGAGCAGUGCGUGCUGCACCGUGAUGACGACGACAGCUGUCACCGCCGCGCCUCUGCGGUCAUGCUGCCGCCCCCGGGGCCGCGGGAGCUAUACGAGGAGCCGCUGGCACGUGUGGAUGUGGUUCUUGAGGAAGUCUGCCAGCUUCAUGGGCUACUCUGAGCAGCACCAACCUCGAAUAGUGUUCUGGAUGCGCGCGAACUUGUUGCGCAAGUGAGUGACUGCACUAACUGGAGCACACCCGGAGUAGAAAAGCUGCCAGCAAGGCGUUGGUGACCCUCUGCCCUGGGGGCCCUGUCUCUGCCCCUCCUGCGUCACGCAGGCUUCCAGCCUGCAGGAAGGAAUGCACGCACGCAGACGCUGUGUAAUAAGCUGUGCGAUUGAAGCUGUGGUGCUAGUCAGUUUGUUGGUCGGUGAGUAAUGCCGUGCCAUUGCGGUUGCAUCCAUGAGGGGUGCGAUGCGUGGGUGCGAUGGUGGGAAGAUUUGGUCUUGCCCUUUCGGAUCCACCGCGGAUUUGACUCCAGUAUAUAUGCUAGAUAUGGUGUACUGUGGCGCCGCAACCUGUAAGUGCCUAGUACUGUGUGUGUUGGGAGGAACAAACACCGAGUGUGCACGCAAGCAAUACGGUACCAGCAAGCACUCGGAAGGUGGAGGCAGCUAAGCGACGGGUCGGCGGCUGCAUAUUGGCCAACCCAGGAUACGGUACACAACCAACGCACUAGUCGGGCCUGUUAACCUGGAUGGGCGUUUGGAAAGACGAAUCGCCAGCUCCCGACUCCCGGGUCCCCCGCCCCAAGCCCCUAAUGAUGCCUACCAUCAGGCCAGCGGCCUCCCCUUCGGAAUUUGGAUUCUUCUCCGGACUACACGGUAGCUCUCUGGACACGCGAACUGACGCGAACUUUUUCGGUUACGCCGUCGCUUCUCCGGAUGUUGGAAAGCAAGGCUUGUGUUGCGUAAUCCACAGUAGUCCAAGUCUGUAUUCCACGCGCCCCCAGCAAGAGGCUAAAAGCCAUCCCCGGCGCUCGACACGAAUGCGCACUGGCGCACGCGUGCAUGUCUCCUUGAAAGCAUAAGAGAGUUCGCUACUACAUAUGGAGACUUAAUUAGUUACGCGUGCUGAGACUGCUGGGAAUGGGGAUCUAAGGUGGAACCUGUGCCUGAGCCUGCCCUCCCAGGCGUGACGGGAGCAGCCUGUGCACAGGUCGAUUGUGUGAGGCGCCUGCUUUUGAAUUCAUCUGGAGCAUUUAUGACAGUGUUACCAAAUUAACUUCAAAAUCGUUCUGUUUGCACAUGUACUAUUGCAGCGAUCGCACAACAUA